AUGCCCCCCUCACCACAAACUACAAAACUAACAUCCACCCUCCACCUCCUCAUCCCGCGUCUCCGCCUCCUCCAAAAGAAAUCCACCGCCUCCUCCGUCGUCCAGCGCCGCGAGCUCUCCCACCUCCUCUCCGAAGGCCGCGAAGCGUCCGCGCGCAUCCGCGUCGAAAAUGUCAUCGCGACAGACAUCUCCGUCGAGGUGCUCGAGAUGGUCGAGUUAUACUGCGAGCUGAUCCUAGCGCGCGCCAACGUCGUCGACCAGGCCGCGUUCGGCGAGAAGGGGGUUCUGGCGAGGAAUCGCGCCAAGGAGGUGUGGGGGAGUUUGAGGCAUGCGCAGGGCCAGGGACAACAGCUUGCCAGUGGAGGGAAAGCGGGGCAUCAGAAGUCGUCGUCGGGGUUUAGUUUUUGGAAUCCGUUUGGGGGGUCGAGUAAGUCGGUUGCGGCUGACGGGGUGGAUUCAGCAAAGCUUGAGAACUCGGACGCUGGGCGCGGCGUGGGGGAAGAGGACCUUGAAGGGGAAGGAGAUGACGAAGAGGUGCUGGAGAGCAAAUAUAUCGACCCUGCGCUGGACGAGGCCGCCGCGGCUAUCUUCUACGCUUAUCCCCGCUUCCCGCAUGAUGUGCGCGAGCUGACGAUUCUGCGGACGUUGCUGGCCGAUCGCUGGGGGAAGGAUUUCAUGGCGCUGGCGGCUGAUAAUAAGUUCCCGCGCGGCGAGGGCGUGAAGGUCCCGGCGCGACUGGUCAAGGGGUUGCGUGCGAAGCCGCCGAGCACGGAGCUGGUGGAGAGCUAUCUAUUGGAAAUUGCGCGCGCGUAUGGAGUCAACUGGGGGGCGCACCUGCAGGGUCAUACAGAGCAAGAAUUAGGGGAGGCACCGGGGGAGUUUGAGGACCAAGACAAUGAUGCAGCCGAGUCGAAGGAUGGAGCCGCGGGUGGAGAUGAUGCCGGACCUGGCGAUCUCCCAUCCACGCCGGCCAAACCGCAACGUCGUCAGUCGGACACCGCGGAACUCAACCGCGUGACGCCGCCGCGGGGUCUGCAGGCAGGAAAAAGCCCCGUCAGCGUUGCGCCGCCUGGACCGAGAUCGGAUAAUCCCAAUCCGCGCGUCAAGGUGCCGGAUAGCAGCUCUGGAAAGGUGACGGACGAUGCGCCGGAGACUCAGACGCCGAGUAAGAAGAGCGGAGGCAUUCCAGAGCUGGACGAGUUAACGAAACGGUUUGCUGCGCUGCGGCGGUAG